AUGUCUCUCGAGGAACUGACAAACAAAGCGUAUGACUACAUCGUCUGUGGAGGAGGUACAGCUGGUCUGGUCAUCGCGGCUCGUCUUACAGAAGAUCCGAACGUUACUGUAGCUAUCCUGGAAGCUGGCGGCAAUGGACUGAACGACCUGUUGAUCGAUGCACCAAACAUGUUCACCCAGCUCUGGGGCAAGCCCCAAUACGAUUGGGACUAUAAAACUGUUCCACAGGAAGGUACUGCUGGCCGUGUUCAUGGUUGGGUUCGUGGAAAGGUUCUUGGUGGCAGCAGCGCUGUCAACUACAAUAUGUUCAGUAUGGCUUCCAAACAGGACCUGGACAACUGGGGAGAGCUUGGAAACAAAGGCUGGUCCUUUGACGAUAUGAUACCUUACUAUCGGAAAUUCGAGAGAUAUCAUCCCGCAUCAGAGACUUUAGGGAAGGCUGUCGACGACAAAUACCUUGACAAGUCACUUCGUGGCACUUCUGGUCCAGUUCAUGUCAGUUUCGCGAAGACUGAUGUCACUUGGGGUCAGGAUGUGUGGCCUAAGACUAUAGCCAAUGCUGGAUAUUCACCCGCAAAGGAUCCUCGUACUGGCUCAGCUAUUGGCGGUUUUAACCAACUUAGCACCGUUGAUCCUGAGCAUAACAGGCGAAGUUACGCUGCGCGAGAAUACUACGAGCCCAAUGCCGAUAGGCCAAACAUGACUCUUGUAACUCAUGCCCUCGUCUCUAAAGUCGAGCUUAAGCAGACCGCUGGACAAGUCAAGGCCACUGGCGUCGAAUUCACCGUCGAUGGCACUACACACACGAUGAAGGCGCACAAAGAAGUCAUCGUCUGCGGUGGAACCAUUAACUCGCCACAGAUUCUUGAGCUGUCCGGCAUCGGUUCGCCUGCUGUACUUGACAAGGCUGGCGUCGAAACCAUAGUCGACCUUCCGGGCGUAGGAGAGAACUUGAAUGACCACACAGCGACUGGUUUUGUACUAGGUGUCAAAGACGAAUACCCAACCGCCGAAGCUUUCAAGGACCCAGCCAUCAUGCAACAAGCCCUAGAAGCGUACAUUACCCACAAAGCCGGCCCUUUUGCAGGACCGCCUGGCACGACAGGUUUUGCUUCCCUUUCAAAGAUUGAGCCCGACUUUCCAAACGCAGAGUCGCACAUUCAAUCACUCCUUCAAGACUUCGCAAGUAAGCAUCCGGACGCCGACCCUGCAGGUCGCAAUGCCAUGCUUGCGCGCCAACUCCUCGAUCCCAAGGAGGCAGUCUGCCAACUCGUUAUGCUACCCACUGGUUUCCAGCCACAUCGUCCGGAUGACGCCAGCAAGCUAUUUCCUCUCGAAGAAGAAGGCAUGUGGUGUUCAAUUGGCGCAUGCAGCACGCGUUCCCUAUCCCGUGGUACCGUUCACAUCAACAACUCCGACCCAACCACACAUCCCACAAUCGACCCAGCGUAUUUCUCGCAUCCUCUCGAUCUUGACAUGAUGGCUCGCGCCAUUCUUCACUGCACCUCCUUCACAUCUGUAGAGCCCCUUGCCUCGGUCUUCCGCCGAGAUUCUAACGGCGACAUCAUAUUAUCCAAAAACUUCAGUUCGCUCCCCAAGACGUUGGAAGAAGCCAAGGAUCUUGUGCAGAACAAUACUGUAACAGAGUAUCAUCCUAUUGGUACUUGUGCCAUGUUGCCGAAGGAGAAGGGUGGUGUUGUGGACGAGGAGCUCAGAGUUCAUGGCGUGGAUGGGCUGAGGGUGGUGGAUGCUAGUAUCUUUCCGACCCACGUACAGGGCAAUAUCGUUAGUCUGGUGUAUGCCGUUGCGGAGAAAGCGGCAGAUCUGAUCAAGGGUGUGAGGAUUGGGGGCGAAGAUGGCAUGGACGUUGUGGAGAGAGUGGACAGUCCCUCUGUGGCGUAA